AUGCUUACUGACUGCACAAAAAGUACAGCGACCAACAACAAUUCAGAUCUCACGAGCGCACUCAUGCAGCUUUGCGCAAGCCGCUAUUACAUUGCACAUGGUGAGUUCCACAGCAAUUCCAUCCAGCGGGGGCGAAGCUGUGGAUAUGGACCUUUGGGUGUAGACCUCAAGAGCAAUAUUGUGGAUCAGUGGUGGAUUUCGGUGAUGCGUUCAAGAGCUCAGGUGUUUGGGAUCAGUACACUUCAAAGUGCCAGAGACAAGGAAGGAGUUCGACUUGUUGAUAACAGUGCCAUUGAACAAACUGUCAGCAACAAUGAACUGACCAAAGAGCAAAUUAAAACCAGACUACAGCACGUUUUACAGCGUAGUGUGUCGUUCCGGACAAGCCUCCUGAAAGGUGCGUUGGAACAGUUUGCACCGUCCUUGGAGCUGGUGAAUAAAAAGCUACCGUUUGGUUUAGCUGAAACAGGGGUGUGCCACGGCCCGGCCGCAGAAAAUGCAGAUAGCAUCGAUUGGUUGCCAGAGUUUACAGAAUCCUCUUUGGUAUGGUUCUGCACCCCUCGCACCUCCUCUCAGUGGCUGGACUACUGGUCUCGGCAGCGUUUACAGUGGUGGCGAAAGUUUGCUUUAGGGCCAUCUGACUUCAACUGCUGUGAUGCUACGGAUGAAGAGUUGCAAAGUGGAGCAUCCCGCGGGGUCAAGAUUCUGUACCGUUUCCCCUGGGGGACGGAGACCCUUGAAACACUGCACAACCUGGGGAGCACAGAACUGCUCAAUAGCCAUCGAGGCAGCCGAACCAAGCUGCAUUGUAAAGAUGGGAGGAAUUCAGUUGUUCCCCAUGUCAUAUCUGUGAGUGGGAACAUUGAUAGAGGAGUCUUGGCUUAUCUCUUCAAUUCACUACAAUGGCUGAAGAAAGUUGACAACAAACAGAAACUUCAUCAAAGACAGGUGCUGAAACUGCAUCCCACUCUCUCUCCCGUUAAAGUGGCCGUGGAUGUGGGCAGAGGCUCCACCAUGGAGCUGAGACAGGUUUGUGAAGGAUUACUCCAGGAGUUUCUUGAAGCAGGAAUAUCAGCGUGGCCUGGUUACCUGGACACCACACAUUCUUCCCUGGAGCUCAUGCAUUCUAAGUAUGAUGAGAUGGGCGUUCUUUUCACAGUCAUGAUCAGUGAGAACACCCUAGAGAAUGGGCUCUUGUCAAUCCGCAGCCGCGAUACCACCAUUAGAGAGACGAUGCACAUCUCGGAAGUUAAAACGUUUCUCCUUAAAUUCAUAUCUGCUGCUGCAAACGUCUGA